UGAACCGAUUCUUCGGGGCUGGGUUUGUUUGCCUUCUGGCCUGUAUUUAGCGGGAAGGGAAGAAUUAUGCGACCCCGUAUAUUUCGGAGCCGUUCCGGUAAUGAACCCGCCGGCCACAUGGCGCAGGAGCAGCAACCGCAGUCCGGAAGCCCGUGGAAAGAAACGCGGCUGGCUUUGAAAAGCUUGGGCGAAUGCCUGAAGUGCUCCCUUUGUACUAAAAUUCUGAAGAAACCUGUGAACCUAGCAACUUGUGAUCAUGUCUUCUGUCUAACUUGUGUAGGCACAGCUUGCCCAAUAUGUCAGGUACCAAUCAUGAAAAGGGAUGUGAAAAUAAACAGCAAACUAGUCAUCAUCAUCAAACUCUACAGCAAAUUGCAAACUUUGCAGGACAAGAACUUCUCAGAUCCUGAAAAUAACUUGUCUGCUUUGGGAAAGAAAGUUGAAGAGGCAGAAACUAAAAAGAAACAAAUCAAAAUGUGUUUCAGUCCUCACAGUAGGAAGCUGAAAUUCACCCUGAAGACAAGCCCAAAGAAAUUAGAGCAGCUGAAGGAAUCAGUCAAGGACAGCGGGUCUUGUAACUUAACCUCCAUCUAUGACUUUGUUUCUUCACCUCCUCAUGAGAAGCCUUUCAGAGAGGAACAAACACAUCAGCAGAAAUAUAAGAAGAAGCUAAGAAAAAAUACUUUAAAAGACUUCAGCAAACAGGGGGAUAUGUUCGGAGGCCAACAGGAAAACUCCAGUGAAAGGUAUAAAGUAGGCCUAAAUGAAAGCAAAGAUCCAAUCCCCAGUUCUGGCUCAAAAAAUACCCCAGUGCUGAGGCUGAUAACCGGGACAGAGCUUACAGAGAAUGCAGGUGAACUCUCCACAAGCAAUGUUAGACCUGUGAAACCUAAAGAGAAGAGUAGCAAUUGCAACUUUUCUCUUAUGCCUAAUGUUUUUGUGGGAGAUCUGACUUCUGAAGAGUGGCUUUCUUUGUCAAAGGAAACAAAAAAGUUAAAGUGUGACCGGCAGUUUGCUGGCUCUCCCAUUUCUUUGCCCAAGAGUCACAAAAUGAAAAAGGGGACUAUCCAACAGAAGUCACGAUUGCUGAAAAAGGCCUCAGAGCAGUUGCCUGGGAAUUCUGUGGCGGCCUUUCCCCUCAGGGACUGUGCAGCUUCUUCCCCAUCUCUGCCAUUGCCUGGAAUCACAUCACCACUAAGGAAUUUGGAAGACUUUGUAUGUGCCAGUGACCCAGAACUUCCAAAAGUGUCUAGAAAUUGUGCUGAAAAGGAGAUGUUCCUCAAGAAAUUUCCCAAAAACUUAUCAGCCAAGAGAAACCAUAAAGGGGAAUCUUUACUCCAUACUGCUUCUAUUGAGGGUAAUCUUUCUGCUGUUGAAUGCUUGUUGAAAAAAGGAGCUGAUCCCAACAUUAAAGACUAUGCUGGUUGGACCCCACUGCAUGAAGCCUGUAAUCAUGGACAUAAGCAGAUAGUUGAAUUAUUGAUAAGACAUGGGGCACUGCUGGAUGUGACUGGGUAUGAGAAUGAUAUGCCACUUCACGAUGCUGUCAAGAAUGGACAUAUAGAAAUAGUGGAACUGCUGCUUCUGCAUGGAGCUUCUCGAGACGUAGUUAAUAUAUUUGGUCACAAACCUGUGGAUUAUGCUGAAACAGAAGAAAUGAAAUCGCUUCUAAUGCAACCAAGAAAGAAUGAUUCUUCAAUUAUACAGUAUGCAGAAUGCAAAAACCUAAAUUACUGUAAAAAAGGACCUGUUGUUCUCCUUGGGAGUGGUCUUGAUCCAGAUCAACAGCUGAUGUUAAGCAAAUUGGCCACAAUUUUGAAGGUUACAGUAUGUACAGAUUUUAACAAUUCUGUGACACAUGUUGUUAUUCCUGCAAAUCCUGUGCGAACUACUAUGAAGUGCAUGCUGGCACUUUUAUCUGGAUGUUGGAUCUUGACAUUUAUGUGGGUAGAAGCCAGCUUGAGGAGUGGCACUUUUGAACAAGAAGAGAAAUAUGAAGUAGAUGGUGGUCCUCGACAAGGCCGCCUGAACACAGAACAGCUUCUGCCAAAACUUUUUGAUGGCUGCUACUUCUAUUUCCUGGGAAUAUUUAAAGAGCACAAGAAAGAUGACCUCAAAGAACUGGUGAAAUCUGGAGGGGGACAGAUUCUCCAAAGGAAGCCUAAAUCAGAUAAUGAUGUGACUCAGACAAUCAAUAGAGUAGCCUAUCAUGCUGAGAUUACUUCUGACCAGAGUUUCUGUACACAAUAUAUAAUCUAUGAUGCCUCUUCUAACUACAAACCACAAAAUGUUCGUCAAGGAAAGGUUUGGGAAGUGCCCUCCAGGUGGCUUAUUGACUGUGUGAUGUCAUUUCAACUGUUGCCUGUUAAGAAAUGAUUUUCCUAGCAUUAUGAUAACAUAAAAGUUGAGAUUUAAAUUUUACAUAAAUUUUAUUAAAAGAUACUGAAAUUAUGUACUGAAACAAAAAUAGAUACACUUCUGUAUAGGAAGGUUGUAUAAAAUUGAGUCACUCUUCAAAUCUUAAAAUGUAUAUUUUAAAAAAUAAUAAUAACUGAAGAUUCAGAUUCCCAAAAUUUAUUGCAUGUUGAUAUUAGGGGAGCUUUCCUUUUUUGUGUGUGUGUUCUACAAAUUAUAUUAUUAUUGUAUAUACUGAAAUUAUAAUAAUUCUGCAUUGAAAUCUUACAAAAUCUCAGAAAGCUUGGUUACUGGUUAUUGUGAUCAUAAUAUGAGCCUCAGCAUGCCCGAAUUUUUUUUUUCAUUCUUUAUAUGGUGAAAUUGUCACAAUUUGUUUAAAGAGAUUACUUAUAUCUGUAAUCAUGAUUAUGUUCUGCUGAGAGAUUUGUUUCCCUUUAAUGUUUUCUAUAUCACAAAUAAAUCACGUUCUGAAGCAUUAGCACGAAAGACCUUUAUUUAAAUAUAAGCUUCAUUUAUGUGUGAGAAAGAGGGAAAGAAAGUACUCAAUAUAACAAAACCUCACAACCAGUAAAGAGCUUGCAAUAUAAUCAAUUUUCAGCAAUCAGUAGAGUCCUUUCAAUUAUAGGCCAGGGUUGAAUUGAAUCAAAUGGUUUUACAACUUGAUAGGAGUCAGUUUUCUCACCAGGGAGGCAAUUUGCAGCCAUCCAGAUAUUAAUGGAGACUAAUGCAAGUUAUAGUUCAACUUCACAUUCUGUUACCUUUCCCUCUUUUAAUCUUUAAUUGAAGCGUUGACAUUCUCUGGACAUGUAUGUCAUCUUACAAGGCACAAGAAUCAAUAUUUCUAUAAAGAACCUGUAGCCUUACAGAUAUUGGAUUUCUUCCAGCCCAAGGCAGUAUGGACAAUGCUUUGAAACAAUAACAUUCUAUUUCAUAAAUUCUACACUGUAUUUCCACUCUCUCAUCUUCUGACUUAAAUGAAAGAACUGUAUUUUUUAAUUGUUUAGGGAGAUGAAUAACAGUAAAUGCUAGACACAGUUCUCUUGGACUAGUUACAUGUUGCCUCUUUUAUUCUAACUACUAACUCUUCACUUUUCUUCUGUCCAGCUGCCUUUUAGCAGAAGAAAAGCAUCUCCUCUCCAGCACAAUAAUGCCACUUAUGCUAAAUUACCUGUUAUAAUACAUUCAUCAAAAAUUGCAGGAAAAAUGCAAUGGCAAGAAGAGUAGAGAAAUACUGUACCUCUGCCUCAGGCAGAAACAAUGAAGGAAAGCUGAC